UCGUUUCGAAAAUUGGGAAGCGCAAACUGUGUGCUGGAAUUUCUCUUCAGCCAUCAUGAAGCUGAUGAUUAGGAAGUGCGGCGGAUGGCUGGGCCAAUUUUUCAUCGCCUCCAUCUUAUUUUUCAUCAUCGUGGUCCAGGGACAGACUCUCAUGGCACGUUUGUUACAGGUUCGCACCAUGUCAGCCAUGACUUUAAAUUCAUACUGGAAAAGCAUACUUAAUCUCUUCGGAAACAACGAUUAUUACCUGUACGUUUGGGGAUGCAUACUUUGCAUUCAAGUUCCAUUUUGGAGCGUGGGAGGAAUGUUUAUGGUUAUGGAUUAUUUCAGCUGGCCCAAAUGGACGAGGAAAUACAAGAUCCAGCCUGGCGUAAAUGAGCCAAUUGAUUUAAACAAAUUAAUUGAGACUGUCAAGGUUGUGUUGAUCAACCAAUGGGCCAUAGCUAAUCCGGUGAUACUCGUCAGCUACUUGGUCAAAAAAAUGACAAACACUAUGCCAGGAAUUUACGAGUUACCGACACUUGAACGCUUUCUCAUUGAAAUGGCCGUUUUGUUUAUUGUCGACGAGAUAGCACUUUACUACGUGCAUAGAAUCAUGCACCAUCCGAAAUUGUACGCCCGAGUGCAUAAGAAGCAUCACGAAUGGCACGCACCUAUCGCCAUAUCAGUUGUUUACACAACCAAAACAGAAAAUCUGAUGAUUACAGCUGGAACUGGUUUGGGCCCUUUUCUUAUGAAUCCCCACUUAGUCACCUUGUAUGUUUGGUACACUCUCGUGCACUUGAGAGGACUGAAAAAUCAUUGUGGAUAUCAUUUUCCAUGGAUACCCACACCGGAAGAUCACGAUUAUCACCACAUGAUGAGCAAUGCUUGUUUCGGUCGGACGCUCGCCCUUGACUGGCUUCAUGGGACGGACAAAGGCUAUCAUGCGUACAGGGCCCGCAGGAAGGCAUUGCGCGAACAGAAUUCUGCCGAACUUGUCAACAAUAAAUCUGAAUAAUAAAGU